AUGGAGCAGCUGUUGGCUGACAUUCCAAUGGUCGUAGUGUACCUGGACGACAUCCUCAUAUCUGGCACAACACGAGAGGAACACGACCUCCAUGUCAAAAUGGUAUUGGAGCGUCUUGAAUCGGCUGGUCUGCGCUUGAACCGGGACAAAUGUGUGUUUGGCCGUUCAUCUGUCACUUUCCUCGGCCACAUCAUUGAUUCAACCGGAAUAACGCCGACAGCUGAGAAAGUGCAAGAUGUGCUGGACACCAAGGCACCAACUAAUGUAUCGCAGCUCAGAAGCUACUUGGGCUUGAUCAACUAUUAUCACAAUUGUGAUGCGUCACCGUAUGGUAUUGGUGCCGUUCUCUCACACAUCACUACGGACGGAGACGAGCAUCCAGUCGUGUUUGCAUCGAGAACAUUAUCCUCAGCGGAACAGAAAUAUGCACAGAUCGAGAAAGAAGUAUUUGGCCGCUCGUUUGUGCUGCAGACUGACCACAAGCCUCUACUUGGUCUAUUUCAGGAAGAUCGUCCGAUUCCGCCGAUGGCCAGUGGUCGUAUCCAACGCUGGGCCCUACUACUAGCAAGCUAUGACCAGCUUCAGUUCAAGUCGGGCAGCAGCAAUGGUAAUGCUGAUGGACUCAGUCGGCUACCAUCACCCUCAUCGGUACCAGAAGUCCCAACACCGGCCGAAGUCGUUCUGUUGAUGUCUGUCCUGGAGAACACUCCGGUCACAUCCACCACCAUUGCUCAAUGGACGAGCAAAGAUCCGGUGCUGUCACUUGUCCUCAAGUACGUCCAAGAAGGUUGGCCGGACAACAUCCCCGUGGAUUAUCAAGCAUAUUCCCGUUGUCGUAAUGAGCUUUCAGUGAUAAGUGGCUGUCUUUUGCUGGGCUCACGUGUUAUUAUUCCACCAAGACGCCGUGAGACGCUCCUGGAAGAAUUACAUGAAGGUCGCCCGGGCAUAACCCGGAUGAAAGCCCUCGCCCGCAGCUACAUCUGGUGGCCAUCUAUUGACGACGAUAUAGAGCUCAAGGUCAAGAGCUGCCAACCGUACCAAGUCAUUCAGAAGUCACCAGCCCUUCAGCCGCUAUAUCCCUGGGAAUGGCCAGGUAAACCAUGGGUGCGUCUGCAUGUCGAUUACGCGGGUCCAGUUGAGGGCAAGAUGCUCCUGGUUAUCGUUGACAGUUUCAGUAAGUUUAUUGAAGUCCACCCGGUAUCGUCUGCAACCUCGGCUUCAACUAUUGCCAAGCUCCGUCAGACAUUUGCAACGCACGGACUGCCGCUUCAACUUGUUUCCGACAAUGGCUCAGUAUUUACCAGCGACGAAUUUCAACGAUUCUGUUCUGCUAAUGGUAUCAAGCAUACCCGGUCAUCUCCCUACCACCCAGCCAGCAACGGUCUAGCUGAGCGUGCCGUACAAACCGUCAAGAAUGCGCUGAGGAAGUCUGUUGGUGGUUCUGAUUUGGAAUCCUGUCUGUAUCGGUUCCUGUUUCAGUAUCGCCUUACGCCACAAUCAACUACUGGUCAAUCUCCAUUUCAACUCAUGAUGGGUCAUAAGCCUCGGUCCCGUCUUGACCUCACAUUUCCGGACACUUAUAAGAAGGUUUUCAGUCGACAGCAAGCAGCCGUAGACCGCCGCCCGGCUCACUCGGCGCCCUUCUGCUGUGGUGACCCUGUGUCCUGUGUCAACUUUGCUGGCUCACCUAAAUGGAUGGAUGGAGUUCUUGAAGAGUGUCUAGGCCCAGCCACAUUUACGGUGCGCCUACCCGAUGGCAGAUUGUGGAAACGGCACAGUGACCACAUCCGCCCACGAUUGCCGGCCGAGGAGCCACCUGUUGCCGCGCCAGUACAGGCAACAACCGCAUAUCCAGCUGUUGUUCCAUCUGGUCAACCUCUGAAUCAUCCAGUGUCGACAUCAUCUGUGCUGGAUUCAGACGCAUCCGAACUACAGCCUUCAGUUGAUUCUGUGCCAACAGUCGUAUCUGCCUCACCAGUUCCUCCAGCACCGGAACCAGUCACGCUUCCAGAGUCGCAGUCAGCUGGGUCGACUCCUGCUAUUCGUCCGCGUCGCUCAACUAGAGCUGUUCAGGCGCCCGUCCGUUUGGACUUGUAA